AUGAAAUUUAAAUUUACUCUCCUUACAUCAUGGACACUAUUACCAACGUCCAUACCAAAUACUGAUUGUGAAGAUAAUGAAGCAAUAUUAUUUGCACAAUACUUAACUGAAUAUACAGAGAAUAAAUAUGGUUUAAAUGUAUUUUGGCCAAGACAACGUGGUGAAGCAUUUUUGCAUAAUUCAUUCAAUUCAUUUGAAGAGAGAUUUUUAACACAUUCUGAAUAUGCAUUACUCAUUGUAUCUGGUCAAAAUGCAUCAUGUUUAAAUUGUAUUUAUCCAAGAUUUCUUGUAUUUUUAACAGCUAAAAAAUCAUGGACUGAAAGAAUUUUAAUAAUUUUUUUAAAACAACCAACAUAUUUAUUAAAUUUCGAUUUAAGUUUAUUAAAACAUCCACCAAUUUUAUUCAAUGAUGAUUCAACUAAUCAGUGGAUUCAUGAUCAAGAAUCAUGGAUGAAAAUAGCAGAACUAAUAAAACAUAGAUAUAUUCCGUCAAUUAAUGAUAAUUUAUCAAGAUAUCUAUUUACGCCUACAGAAUAUUACAUUAGUCGAUGGAUGUCUGUCACAGAUCUACGUGGACAACCAUUAGCUGUAAGAAUAACUAGUACUGGUCAAAGUGACUCGACUCCAACUAGCUGGUCUGAUCUCAGUGGUAUUGAACCAAUCAACGGAAUAAAAUGCGUUUUAGACUCGGUAUAUCCUAUUGGACAACGUCUAAGCCAAUCAGCAUCCGUGUUUGAACAUUCACCCACACAGUCUCGUGACAUUACGCCUAAUCUACAUUUGCAUGUGAACAAUUUUAAUCGUAUUAGAAGAGUUAGUUCAAGAUGUUUUACACGAAAACAUCAAUACAAUACAGUAUUUGGAUUAGAUCCUUGUUGGUCAACUUUAUCUGGAAGUCAAUUAAACGUUAUUAACAAUAAUAGUGGAGUUAAAUGUCAAAUUGACGAAACAUCACAUUAUGAAAAUUUUUUGGAAAAACGUAGUAAACAUAACGUUGAAAUCGACCUUAUUUAUAAAGAAAGUCAAAUGUGUAUUCCACAAAAACAAUCGAAAAUUAAAUCGUGUGAAUUUCUAAAUGAAUCUAUAUUGUCUUGUAAAUUAUCAAACCGUAUUAAUAAAUCAACCGGUGUUAUCAAUGAUGGCUCAGAGUACAGUAAUGUCAUUACAUCAAAUCAUACAAUAAAACAUCAUCAAAGAAAGAUUAAAUUGUCAUCUAAAAAACAUUUCCUAUUCAAAGAACUAGAUCAUAUCUGUAUACCAUCAAAAAAGUUUAUAAAACUAUUUAAAUUCAAACGUAAAAAAGAUGCUCAUUCUAUUAGUGAGAAAUUUGGAACACAGUCACAAUUAGAACUAGCUAAAUCUGUAAAAACCUUAUAUGAUGUUGGACAAAGUUUACUUGAACAUUCAGGAGAUAGUGUAAGUAAUCUGCACAUACUUGAAAUUCAACAACAACAACAACAACCAUCAUGUUCAUACAGUACUACUGAUAAGUUUAAUCUAAGUUGUUUAAGUAUCCACGUAGAUGUGGAGGAACAACCUGUCAAAGAUACAAAUAAUGAUGAUAUUUAUCAUCAGUUGCAAUGUUUACAAGUCACACCGACUCAGUCAGCGGACUUCUCUGACUCUGGAUUAUGGAGUAUGAGUCAAAUGGCUACUGAAGAUUGUACUAAUUCACUACAACAACAUCUCAUAUCAUGUUCAGAGAGUCCAGUAUUCGAUUAUUGCACUAAUAGUAACAAUAAUGAUUAUAAUAAUAGUGAUCAAACAAAUAAGAUACGAUUACAGAAAUCAAUCACAAGUCCAAUAAAUGCACCAAAGUUUGCAGAGAUAAGACUAUCACCAUGGUCAUCGUUAAAAAUAGGAGAUGGUCAACGGAGUAAAGAAUUCAAAUUAGAAAAAUCAAAUCAACCUACUGAUGCUACUACUACUACUAAUAAUAAUAAUAAUACCAAUACUACAACUAAUAUAUCAAAUGAACAUGGAUUAACUUGUAUUCCUUUGAACCAAAAAGCCAGUGUGCAAAAUCAACUAUCAAAUCCUUCAGUUAGUAAUAUAAACGAACUUAGAACAAGUGAAGCUUUAAAAUUAUGUAAUAAUGAUAAUAAUGAAAAUGUAACUCACAACUUUAGUGGUCCUGUGAAAAGCCAAAUGUCUUGUACACUGAAUUUGAAGCCUUUUAGUUCAAAUUCAACCUCUUUCGAAGAGAGUAAAAAUGAUAAUGAAUCAUUACACUCUCGUAUUUCGAAAUCAAAACAAAAUUCUCCUCAAGAAAAUUAUGUGUCGUCAAUUUAUCUUUCGAAAACACAUAAUAAUAAUAGUGACAACGCAUCCGCUAAAGAUUUUACACAACUUUCGACUUUUCAACAAAAUUCAUUAAUUUCGCGAAUUGUGCAAAAUAACAGUAUGUUGUCAGAGUGUAGUUUACCUUAUAGAAUAUCUACAACAUGUGAUAUAAUUCAGAUAUUCCCUACUACAAAAAUAUAUGAUAUAAAUAAUAAAUCUGAAAAUAAUUUAUCCACUGUGAAAGUUACUGAUUAUAAACGAUCUAUCAGUACUUAUUUAAUAAACAAGAAUGAUAGUUUGAAUGUGGAUCCUCUUCAAAUAAAUCAAGAUAUCAAAGGGAUUAUGAUAUACCCUACAUUAGAACAACAAAAUCCCUACUCUAAUGAAUCAACUCCACUGAAUACAGAUCAAAUAAUGAUGAUCAAUUCACAAAUAGACAUUAACGUUAACUCUUCCAAGAACUUAUCAUUAAUUAGUGUAGAAUGUGAGAAUAAUUCGACAUUUGAUUCAGAUAUUAGACAAAAUAUGAAUCCCUGCGUUAUAAACAACAUACAAACUUUAAAAAAGUCGUUGAUGGAGUCAGAAUGUACAACUCACUUGCCAAUGUCAUUGAGUACUGAUACAUCUGAAAAUAACCAUUAUUUAAAUAAAAUUUUCAUUCAGUCACUGGACAAUAAUGCGGAAAACCCUGAAUAUCUUAACGUUGUUACUGACCAUCAAACUAAUCAAUUACAAUUUACAAAUAAAUGUUUGCCAAAGCAGCCCAAUGAACAAUUGACAACGACGCGAAUUAUUGAGGAUAUCACAGAAUUAUCGUCCAAUCAAGUUUCUACAUUAUUCAAACAACAAAAGAGGGAUCCAUUAAUUAUUCUUGAUCAUGCACAUGAUGUACACAUAGCUGAACGAUUGAGUGUCGGUUCACUUAAUGGGUCCAUCAGUGAAACAAAUCUUUUCAUCAAUUUCGAAACAUCACAUGAAGAUAUGAAACCAUUAUAUUUGAAAUCAGUUUUGAAUAAUGCUCGAACCUUUAAGGAUAAUUAUUUGUUGGAUAAUUCAUGUCAAAAUUGGACGAUGGCGUUAUCAAAUGAGCUUACCAAUAAGAUAGAUGAUUCAUCGGAAACGAAAUAUGACUUUGAUCAACUAACCAAAGGAAUCUCAAAUGACAGCGAAAAACUGUCCACUGAUCUUGAAAUCAACAAAUUACCAACCGAGAAAAAAGUUUCUUCAGACGAAAUAAGUCAGUCGUUGACAAUUUUACAACCCCAUGAUGAAAACGUAGAGGUUUCAUGCAAUAAGUUUCAUACACCUACUAAAUGUCACAACAAAAAGUUUUCCUUGAACGAGAAGGAUAUUUCCAUUGACGUCAGCUCGGCCAAAGGUGACCAUUUACAAGAUCCACAUGAUGAACUGACUAAUAGUGAGCAACCCUUUGUGACUAGUACCGCUGAAUCGAUAUCUUCAAAUGUUAAUGCAUAUUAUACGGAUGGAACGAAUUUCUACGUUACUGAACCGUUAUGUGAGAAUACCACAAUCGAUUUGAAAAACUUAACUCAGUCAGUAAGAAAAUUAUCAACUAGCUCUGAUAGUCUCAAUAAUAAUGUACUGGAUAUCGACGCUCAGUUCAGUAAAGUCAUUAAAACAGAGAAUGAUCCUAUUGACUCUCCAGUUAAGGAUGUUUUGCAAAAGUGUUCAUUAGAGGACAUGAACACUUUGCCAACUAUAAUUGACACAGUAUGUUCUUCAUCCAUACAAGUUCCAUUAUUAAUCAAAAAUAAGCCUGUAAAUUGUUUAAUUAGCAAUAUCAUAUUAAAUGAAGACAGUUUAACUGCAGAAAUAAAAUUAUUAACCACACCAAAUGAAUUGCUGAGUGAUUACACAAUUACUGACUAUCCACUUGAAGAGAAGAAUACAUCGAGUCUGUUGUCGUCCUCAAACACAAAUAACUAUUCUAGACUGAAGAUGGAUCAUGAAACUAAGAAUCAUUUCAAAAAGCCAUUUUUUUACAUGCCUUUAGAAAGACAGUUUCACCAUGGAGAUCUUGAGAACAUCACUGCACCCAGCAUAAAAAGACAUAAUGACGGCUUACAAACUACUAGUAAUGAUUUCGUUCCACCGAAAAAUUCAGGUGAAUUCCAUGAGUUAGGACAAACUAUUGAAGACACUCCAGAUUAUAAUGAUAACGAAUCUUAUCCAAAUAUAUUGACCUCGUCUGAUAAUCCCAUGACAAUAGAACUUAUUACAACUACAGGUACUACCGUUGCUCAAUCUUCAAACCAAUCUACCACAAAUUCAAGUUCAUUAUCAAAUGUAAAUGAUAAUCUUGAGAAUAAUACUUUAACAGAACACUCUUCAUUAUUUCCCAUUGAUUCAGUAAAACAGUUUAACGUUUUGAAAAUAUCAAUACCAGAUAAUACAGACAGUUCAAUAUUCGAAAAAUCUGUCAGUAUGAUUCAUAAGGAAACUAGAGAUAAUGCUGGACAAUUGAUUAGUCUGCUCGAAAAGGAUACAAAAUCUACUAAUCAGCUAGAUUUAACAUCCAAGGAUGUAUUUAUCGAAAAUAAACUUACAUGUACAGUUCCAUUGAUUGCAUCUCAUCAUGAAGAGGACUGUCAUCAACCACGUAGCAUCAACUUGUCUGAUAAAACUGUUAACUUACUAGGAUUUGAUGACUCUUUCUUGACUGGAUUACUACAAGCAACUGAUGAAGAUUUGCUUUGGACCAAAACUAAACAUUUGCAGUAUCCACAUGACCAGAGAACUAAUAGUGAACAGUCAUUUAUGAAUGCUACCGCCGCAUCAUUAUCUUCAAAUGUAAACAAAUAUUGUUCGGACGGAACGAGUCUCAGUGUUAUCGAGCCUCUAAGUGAAAAUUGCUCAAUCGAUGUAAAGAAAUUAAUUCAACCUAUUCAUAAUAAUAAUACAUUCAAUACUGACACUCGAUCCGAGUUUACUAGUCAGUUAGAUGUGACAUAUAAAGAUGAAUUUAUUGAAGAUAACCAUGCAUGUACAAUUUUAUUGAUCACAGCUUAUAAAGAAGAGGACUAUGGUCCGAUGUAUGGUAUCAAUUCGCCUUCAAAAGCUGUUGAUUCAUUAGGAAUUGAAAACUCUUCAUUAUCUAGAUUACUUGAAAGAAAUGCUGACAACGAUAACGAUUAUAUGGCUAGUGAUGCUACUACUACUUCAUGUGUUGCUCCUAAUGAUGACACCGUACCACAUGAUUUAACUAUAUCUCCUACAUUUACCGAUAAAACAAAUAUAUUAUUAUCUAUUGAUAUUUCAGAUAAUACUGAACUUAAGUUUAACAACAGUUUAUCUACACUACCAUCUAGUCGAGAUAGUGAACAUUCAGUGAAUAAUUCACUAAAUAAUUCCUUGGAGUUAAAUUUCAGGUCAACAAUAAAUAAACUGAAUUCUUUAAUGCAAUAUGAAUAUGAGUUUACCGAUGACAAUAAUAAUUAUUGGAUUGACCCUGGUAGUUUAAACGAAGAUGUUGAAACUAUAGCACAACCAAUGAGAUCGAUUGCAAUUGAAAACUCUUUAGAACAGCUGGAAAGUACAUUGAGUAUUUAUAAUACACCAUCACAACAGUUAUCAGUAGUACCAACAACAGAAGCAAAAACAACAACAACAUUAACAACAAUACGAAAUCCGGUUCAUCCAAUCAAUGAGAUUUAUAUUGAUGAAGACUAUAUUACUCAUUUAUCAUUAGAUGAUAAAAUACUAAAGAUUGAUAAAAAUAAUGAAGAACACAAAUCAAAUCAACGUUUUAAAUUCACUUCAGGAGCUUACAAUCUUUUUACUUCAGUUUUCAAUUUGGCAACAUUAUAUGUCCCAAGACAUAUUUACUGGUUAUAUGGUGCAACAUUUACACCAAGGGGGCAAUUUCAGCGAAUAAUGGCUGGUUGUGGAAUGGAAUUAUACAGUGUAGGAUUGAGUCAUCCAAUAAAUGUAGCAGGUGUAUUCAUUGGUUUCACUUUAGCCUCACCAUAUUUAAGAACAUGGCCAUAUAUUCUAUCUGGAUUAAUGAAUUCAUCAGAAAUUAAUGUAUUCAAUCCUUUAUAUUGGAUAGAUAGACCUAUAUUAGAACAUAUUGGCUGUUUAUUAUAUAUACUACCAUCUUCAAUACGUUGGGGCAGUACAGUUAUUGUUAAUUCGUUUCAACAAUAUCCAUGGUCACUAGCAAAUCCACUGGAAUCAUCAUCAGCAGCAGCAUUAUCAUAAAGAAGAUACGAAUGAAUAGAUAAAUUUAAAUAUGCCUUUAGUUCAGAAAAAUACCGUUCUUGUAUACAUCAACAUAUCCUCAAAACACUUUGAAUAUCACACUUAAAUAUACAUUUUAAACAUUCUAUCUAAAUAUAUUACUACGGUAAGACUAUGAGUUAUGGACGAGCCAAUCAGGUAUAAGAUAACAGGCCUCGCAUUUUGGCGCGAAAUUCACUCAUCCAUCUGACCAAAUAGAGUCUUGGGAUUAUAGCUGAUGUCAGUUCGUGAUGAAAAACCGUAAAUGUAAUUCCUAACCCUAACCAUUAAUCAUUAUUCUUCAAACUGCUUUAUAACCUUCAUUUAUCCCUAGUAAGUAGGUAGACACUCAUGAGGUCACCUUGGCGUCCCUAAAAAAUCGUCCAUAAAUUAUAAUCUCACCAUUACUACUGCAUAAACAAGUUCCUUACCUACUUCAUUCAUUCUUUUUUAAGCAAUAAAUUUUUUUUGUAUUUAUACUUUUCAGUUGUUUUUUUUCUGAAAAUUCAAAAUUCACAUUCAUUCAUUGUUUUAAUGGUGAUAUCUAAUUGUGGAGCACUUUUCAUUUUAUUUGGUUAAUGAUUUAAUGUUAUUUAUUAGAUUUUUUUGUUUGAUUUUCAUACAGAAAUAUAUUCUCUUUUAAUUAUUUUCUUUAUUCAGAAUUCUUUUUUUUACAUUUCUACUGUGAUAUGAAGUUGUUCUUUUUGUUUUUUUUAAGCGCGAAAAAAUGGGAAAACAUAAAUGAUAAAUAAAUCAUAAAUAAUUAACAAUAGUACAACAUCAAAGUCAUUAUUGUCAUCUAUAUCACGAAUAAACAAACAAUAACAGCAAUUAAUCUUCUAGUCAGUCAUUGUGAAAUAAGCAUGUGAUGUAAAUGACAGUACGUGUGUUUCAUGAUGUAAUUGUUGACAUUCGUUUUUUGGGUAUUAUCAUACUUGUUGUUGUUGUUAUUAUUACUGUUAUUUCUUUUAAAACACUGUAAAGUAAUUGAGAAAGAAUGAACACCUUCAACUUAACACACACAGUACCAGAGAAUCAUUGAGAUUGUUAGUAGAAGGCAUUUGUUUUAUUAAUUGCACAAUUAUUGUUAUUACUAUCUUGUAUUAUGUGUUAGAUUCAUUUAAAAAUAUAAUUAAGUACACCUUCUUGCUUAUUUUUUUAUUCGGAUGCAAGAAAAGCAG